AUGGCACUGGACGACAAAACCACAGCACCUGACAGCCUGGCGGACAAGAACAACGCGACUGACCAUAGCUUGUCUAGUCCUACUGGAAGCUCAAUCAAUGAAAAGGAUAGCGGCACCGGUAACACCAUAACUCCAGACGGGAAUGUACCUACAGAAGCCCAACCCGAGGUGCCUCCCCGUGACAUUAGUGGGUGGAAAUGGUACGCUACCGUGCUUGCCAUCCUUUUCUCAACCUUUCUCUACGCCCUCGAUGCCACCGUGGUAGCAGACCUACAGCCCAUCAUCGUACAAGAAUUUGGUGAUAUCCAGAAGCUGUCCUGGCUCAGCGUGGCGUUCUUGCUGUGCGCCACCGCGACUAAUCUUGUCUGGGGUCGUAUCUACGGCCAUUUCAACGCCAAAUGGGUCUACAUUUUCUUUGUGGUCGUCUUUGAGGUCGGUUCGGCUAUCUGUGGCGCUGCACCGUCGAUGAACAUUAUGAUUCUGGGGCGUGCCAUUGCAGGCAUUGGCGGCGCUGGCAUGUACAUUGGCACAAUGACCCUGCUUGCCACCACUACGACACUUGCUGAGCGACCAAUCUACAUCUCCUGCACUGGAUUCACUUGGGGUAUUGGAAUCGUGUUGGGCCCUGUUGUGGGAGGAGCCUUUAGUCAAUCCUCUGUUGGCUGGCGCUGGGCCUUUUACAUCAAUCUCUUUAUCGGUGCCGUUUGCGCUCCAUUUUACGUCUUCCUGAUACCUAGCAAGGACCCCCGCCCUGGAUCUUCUCUUAAAGAGCGUGUCGUCGAGAUGGAUUAUCUUGGCAGUAUCCUACAAGCUGGCGCGCUGACGAGCUUCAUCCUCGCGAUUAACUGGGGUGGCGUCACCUAUCCUUGGGGUUCCGGCCGCAUCAUCGCCUUGUUUGUUGUCUCAGGCAUUCUAUUCAUUAUUCUAGGAAUCCAGCAGGUCUGGAACAUUGGCACCACGCUGUCCCGCCGUCUGAUUCCGGUGCAAUUCUUCCGCUCACGCACCGUUCUCAUCUUGUUCUCUGCAGCAGCGUCGGGCGGCUCGUGUUCGUUUGUACCCAUUUACAUGGUGCCUCUCUUCUUUCAAUUCACACGCAAUGAUGGCCCACUUGAUGCUGGCGUCCGUCUUCUCCCCUUUAUUGCCGUCAUGGUUGUAUUUGUCUUUAUCAAUGGCAGCUUGAUGGCCAAGCUGGGCUACUAUAUGCCGUGGUUCCUCGUCGGUGGCAUUUUUGUUGUCAUUGGGUCAUCUCUCAUGUACACCAUUGAACAGGAUACCUCUAACAGUCGUGUGUACGGAUUUACUGUCCUUCUCGGGGCCGGAGUUGGUAUGUUUCUCCAGGCUGCCUUUUCAGUCGCACAAGCCGUUGUCGACGUGGAAAACAUUGCUCCCGCCAUUGCCUUUAUCACGCUAGCCCAGUUCGUCGGCAUUACAUUUGCCCUCGCUAUUGCCAACGCCAUUCUUCUCAACGCUAGCCAGAGUAGCAUCGAAAAGAUCCUCCCCAAUGUGCCCGUUGCCGACAUUCAAGCCGCAAUCCUGGGAUCGCACUCCGGAUUGGUACAGAACCUCCCCAAAGACAUCCAAGCCGAGGUUCUCGAUGCAAUUGUCCAUGCUAUUGACAAGUCUUAUAUCCUUGUUAUUGCAGGUGGCGCUCUUGUUGCUGUUCUCAGCCUUGUUAUGCGCCGCGAGAAGCUGUUUGGCGCUUCCGCUGGUAUCGCCGCGGCCUGAGAAGACUAGGCUAGCGGCGACUUCUACUAGUCCUCUUUCACUAGUGCACGUGAAGUCAUAUGGGGCAUGCUACAUAAGCUGAAAGAAAAGAUUACGGCGCCUGUUGGGCGAGAUUUCGUGGUAGACGAG